UUAAAAGAUAAAAAGACGUAAAAAUUCGGAACUUCAGCAGACAAAGAACAGAAAAUGCAUUCUCUUCAAUUCUCAGUUCCACUCCUACCAACUUCCCGGUUCAAGCGCCAUUCGGUUCGUUGCGCUAGCGACCGCCAGCAGCUUUUUAACCGCAUUGCCCCUGUUUAUGAUAACCUGAAUGAUUUGCUGAGUUUGGGUCAGCAUCGUAUAUGGAAACGCAUGGCUGUAUCAUGGAGUGGGGCCAAAACGGGAGAUUCCCUCUUGGAUUUGUGCUGUGGAAGCGGGGAUUUAACUUUCCUCAUGUCUGAGAAGGCCGGUGCCGACGGCAAAGUAAUUGGCCUCGAUUUCUCGAAAGAACAACUAUCAAUUGCUUCAUCACGCCAAUACUUGCUUUCAAAGGCUUGCUACAAUAACAUUGAAUGGGUUGAAGGUGAUGCACUCGAUUUGCCAUUUUCUAAUGGUUACUUUGAUGCUAUUACUAUGGGUUAUGGGCUGCGCAAUGUGGUUGAUAAACGUCGAGCUAUGCAGGAGAUGUUCCGAGUUCUAAAGCCUGACUCAAGGGUGUCGAUCCUCGACUUCAAUAAAAGCAUGCAGCCAUUUACUGCAUUGUUUCAGGAAUGGAUGAUUGAUAAUGUUGUAGUACCAACGGCAACAGUUUACGGCCUUGCCAAGGAGUACCAGUAUUUGAAAACUUCCAUUGAUGAAUUUUUAACAGGGAAGGAAUUGGAGAAACUGGCCUUAGAUGCAGGGUUUUCUUAUGCCAGACAUUACGAGAUAGGCGGAGGCCUCAUGGGGAACCUAGUAGCCGCUCGUUAAAGUAAUUUUAUGCAUUUGAUGUUCGGUUUAGUUGUUGAGGAAGAAAGCAUCUUCAUGCAUAUGAAUUCCUAACCUUUUCUAAAUGCAGUGUGGAUUUUGUUGUUGAAAUGAAUCCUUAGUGUUAUGAUUGAGAAAUCUACAAAAAGAAUAAUGCUUUAGUUUUGCAUCAAA